UUAUAUAUAUUGAGCCCAUAUGAAUCUCCCGCUGGCCUGUUCUAAAAAUAGCUCAAAUAGCAGCACUUACCAGUGAGCUGCCUCUAUUUUUUAAAUUUUAUUUAUUCACUAGCAAGCUGGUCUCACUUUGCUCGACAUUUUUAAUUCUAAGAGAGACAAAACACAAAUAGAAUUUGAAAAUCCAAGAAAAUAUUUUAAAGACUUGGUGUUCACUUGUUUAAACAAAUUCAUUCAUUUUUUUACUUUGCUUCUUAUAACUUUCAGAAAGAUAAUUUUAGAGAAAAAAUACAACCUUGAAAAUGAUUUUAGGAUUUUGUUCUUUUCUUUCCUGACAAUUUAAAUCAAUGUUCAAGUAUUUAUUUAUUUUUUAUUGUAAAGAAUAAUAAAUACAUUUUAAUUAAAUUUUUCAUUUUAGCGUCUGAUUUUUCGACGAAGAAUAUUUGUUAAAUAUUUCUUCAAACUUGUGAUUAAAAUAAAAAAAUAUAUAUUCUGGAAAAUCUAGAAAAUCUGUAGAAUCAAAUUUAAAUCUUAUUUGAAAGUCUUUUGAAUUUCUUUUAACAUUUUUGUUCUGGAAAAUCUAGAAGAAAUAAUGAUUUGUCUUUGUUAGAAAUAUAGCUUGGUCCAAUUUGUUAUAUAUUCUAACAAAGUGCAGGUUGGAUUUUAACCUAUUUAAAACAUGUCAUCAAAAUUGUAACAUUAAUCUUAAUCAGGAAAAAUUACUAAUGAUGUUCCAUUAAAUUAUUUUGUUAAUUUUUUCAAAAAGAUUCGAAUUAGCUAGUUUUUCUCUUCUUUUUUCGGUAGAAUUUUGAAUUUUAAAGAGUCGAAAUUGAAGAUAAACUAUGUUUCAAAUUUUAAUUUUCUUUUUUUGUGUGUUUUCUCCUCUUUUAAACCGUUCCAUUAAGUGUUUUUUUUUCAUCAUUUAUUCUGUACAGAAAACCUUACGUAAAAGAAUAAAAAAGGUAAGACGGAAUGACAGAAAUACAAUUUAUUUAAGUGUGUAUCAAACUGGUAGCCCUUCGCAUUAAUCAGUACCCAAGAAUAGCUCUUGCUUUCAAAAAGGUUGCUGACCCCUGAUGUAAAGCGUCUUUAAAUACUUAGAAAAGUUCUAUAUAAAUAUUAUUGUUAUUAUUAUUUUGGUUUUCAUGAUGUAAAACUCCUACUUUUCGUAUAUUUAAUUGUUCAAUUAAUUUAAAAAAAGUUUCCCGGGCUUGAGUCGUCUUGAAUGUCGCCGCACGGUGGCAGCAGUGUGACGUCAUCAGUGCGUUCCAAUCGAAAAAGAAAAAAGGCGGAAGUUAGCAACAUCUCCGAAGCAGACGCCAGAAAAAGGGCGGGCAUGAUAAAGAAGGAUUAAUUAAAAAAAACCAAAAAACUUUAGAACAUGUUAAAAACGAUGAUAAAGGAGCGACUAAUGGCGGCAGCUGAUGAAAUAUUCGCGCUGUUUGAAAGAACGAUAGCGUCGUACGAGGAGGAACUUUCUAGAACAAAAGAGAAGGAUCGACAUCGACAACAACUGGAAGCUCUUGCGUUUGACGAUAAAGACGUCCAGCAGCCGCCCCGCAUUAAAGAUGAAGAAGAGGAACUGUGGACCACUCAGGAGGAGGCUGAUCUUGCCCAGUUGCCACUGACUGGUGUCUCUGUGAAGACUGAAAACGAUGAAGAGAAACCACCCGAGUCCUCACAGCUUCAUCGCGAAGGGGCGGAGCCUCCAAGCAGCAGCUCACAUCCACAGGAGACCACCGAGGCUGAGGGAGACCACUGUGGGGGAUCACAACCAGACAAGCUCUUAGCUCCACUGUCAGAUAGUGAGGACGGAGACAGGGACGAUACCCAAGAUGCUUUGAGCAGCGAUACAGACUGGGCAGGCGAUAUCAGGACUCACGCCGACUCACAGUGCUCUGAAAAGAAGACGCGCAAAAAACGCUUCACCUGCUCAAUUUGCGAUAAAACCUUCCAUUUCAGGAGCAAUUUAGCUCGACACAUGUGGACGCACUCAAAAGAAAAACCCUUUUCAUGCCCGGUUUGUGCCAAAAGCUUUUCCCAUAAGCGUAACCUUACCCGGCACGCGCUGACACACACCGGAGAGAAACACUUUAGUUGCUCAGUGUGCGGCGACAAAUUCGCCUACAGCUACACGCUGGCCCGACACAUGCGAACGCACACCGGGGAGAAACCUUUCGCUUGCUCAGUUUGCGGCAAGAGCUACUCUCAGAAAUCAAACAUGGUCGCGCACACGAAAACGCACUCAGGAGAAAAACCCUUCAGUUGCUCAAUUUGCGGAAAGAGGUUCACGCAAAAGGUAAACGUGGCGUCGCACUUGGCGACGCACGCAGUGGAAAAACCUUUUCGAUGCUCCGUUUGCAGUAAAAGUUUUUGCUACCAGAAAAGUUUGACGGCGCACAUGUUGGCACACAACGUAGAAUAAAUAAUUUCUUGUUCAUCCAUCUUAAAUCGGGCCGCCUAAGCAGAAAAGGCCAGACAUCCCACUUUUCCGGGCGAGAACCAUGGACUCAGCAUUGAAGUGCUGUUUUUUAAACCCAUUCGCUUCACACUCUGUUGCGAACCGAUCCAGUCGGAGCUGAAAAUCCUGACCAGAUGAAGCCACCAGGAAAAACAGACCUAAUCCUGCAGCCACCAAACUGGAUCCACUCAACACCCUGACUGCGCCUAGAGAUUCUGUCCAUAAAAGUUCUAAACAGAAUCGGGCAGCGCUGGCGGAGUCCAACUGUCAGGUUCAAACACAGAACUAUCUAUUAAACAGGACAAGGAGCAAGGAAUAAAACAGACAGGAUUCAAUUUAGCUCACGAGGAGAGCGUGUGGACCUGCACCCUCGUACAGUGUCACCCCACGUUCUGAGGAAAAAGUUCCACGCCUCCCCAUUUAUUUGGGCAUUCCCUGAUUAUAUAGCUGCAGCUGCACUCGGUCAUAAUCAGCUCAAACAAAAAGUGCUUGGAGCGGUGUUAGGUUUGCCCCCUCUCUGCUCAUAGAUUUGGGGUCCUGUGGCGGUCCAGAUCUGAGAAACCGACACCUCUACGCCACAUUCCAUGCGGACCAACCUCUGACACUGAUCAUACUGAAACCGCACCACCACAAUCCGGCGAUUUGAUACCCCAUACUCUCUGAGCACUCACCACAGGAUUUUUAAGUCACACGGUCAAAUGCCUUCUCUAAGUUCACAAAACACAUGUGGGCUGGUUGGGAGAACUCUAAUGCACCCUCAAGGAUCCUGGCGAGAGUAUAGAGCUGGUCCACAGUUUCACGACCAGAAGGAAACCGCACUACUCCUCCUCAAUCUGAGGUUCGAGUAUUCAGCAUAGCCUCCUCUCCAGUACACCUGAGUAUACUUCACCGAGAAUCUCCAGUAUACCUAAGUAUACUUCACCGAGAAUGCUGAGUAGUGUGAUCCCUUGAUAGAUGGAACACAGCCUUUGGUACUAAGUGACAGUAACAACAAUAAAUAGGAGAAGGCCCGAGAAAUGGCCGCUCAACUUGGGCUGGAUGACUUCAGGGCGUCCAACGGGUGGCUCGGAUCAUUCCGCCGUCGACACGGCAUUGUGUUCGCCGUCGGUUGGAGCCCACACCGUUGAACAAGUCAGUGUUCAAAAACAAGAAAAAAUGAAAGCUGCAAGCAGCGUUGGUCGGGUCCGCCUUUGGCUGCUGCCGCCGCUAAUCAAGCCCUGGUCUAAGUCAGACCUACAUAGAGGUUUUUAUUUCAUGUCUCUACGACAUUUCUAACAGAAGUUACAUGCAGUUUUGUCUGGGUUUUUUCCUAGGGGGCGCUAGAGUGCAAUUUAAAUUUUUAGGGUUUGGUUUUUUAUUAGAUGGCAAUUUUCGCCAGUCCUGAUGUGUGUGUAAAAUUUGGUGAGUUUUUAAGCAUGUUAAGAGGGUCAAAUUACAGAUUGGCGUUUCUGGAUGUUGUUGAUAAAUGGCUUUUGCUUUGCAUAGUAGAGUUUUAACUUGCACUUUGAAGCAUUUUAAGGGGGUCAAAUUACAGCUGAAAGAGGCAAAAAUGACGUUUUUUAGGAAACUUUGCGAAGGGGUUCUUUGAAGGCGCGUUAAAUCCAAACCGGAGCAGUAAUCAAAACUUUGUUGUAUAGUUUUAAUCAAAAGGGUUCAAUCUCUGUCCUCUGCGAGUUUGAAGCCGAAAAGACAAACGCACUCGGAGGAGUUUUCGUUUGAAGAAAGGUGACGGGUUUUCACAAAACUUUUAUUUUGAAGGGGUAAUUGCCAACUUCCUGUUGAUUUUUUUCUGCAGGCUGUCAAUUAUUAAAAUGUAGGUCUAAGUGAGACCUACAUAGAAGUUUUUGUUUCAUGUCUUUCCGGCAUUCCUACUGGAAGUUACAAGCAAUUUUGUUUGUGUUUUCUUCCUAGGAGCAGUUUUUUUCUGUGUUUUAUUAAAAAAUUGCGCUAGAGCGCAUUUUUUGAUUUUGGGGUUUGUUUUUUUCAUUAGAUCGCAAUGUUCGCCAGUCCUGAUGUGUGUGUGCCAAGUUUGGUGAUUUUGAAGCAUUUUGAGAGGGUCAAAAUACAGCGCAAAGAGGCAAAAAUAGCAUAUUUUUGCGAAAAUGUUGCUUUGAAUGGGUUUUUGCAAAAUUUUUGUUGAUUUUUGCCCUAGAAGGUACAAUUAUGAAAUCUAGGUCUAAGUCAGCCCUAUAUAGAGGUUUUCGUUUCAUGUCUCUAUGACAUUCCUACUGGAAGUUACAAGCAAUUUUGUUUGUGUUUUCUUCCUAGGAGCAGUUUUUUCUGUGUUUUAUUAAAAAAUUGCGCUAGAGCGCAUUUUUUGAUUUUGGGGUUUGUUUUUUUCAUUAGAUCGCAAUUUUCGCCAGUCCUGAUGUGUGUGCCAAGUUUGGUGAGUUUUGAAGCAUUUUAAGGGGGUCAAAUUACAACUCAAAGAGGCAAAAAUAGCAUUUUUUUGCGAAAAUUUUGCUUUGAAUGAGUUUUUGCAAAAUUUUUGUUGAUUUUUGCCCUAGAAGGUACGAUUAUGAAAUCUAGGUCUAAAUCAGCCCUAUAUAGAGGUUUUCGUUUCAUGUCUCUACGACAUUCCUAACGGAAGUUACAAGUGGUCUGUUUUUUUUUUUUUCCUAGGGGGCGCUAGCGCGCAAUUUUGAUUUUUCUGGUUUGGCUGCCUAAUAAGUUGGGAAGGCAUGCCAGACCGACGUGUGUGUCAAAUUUGGUGAGUUUUGAAGCAUGUUAAGGGGGUCAAAUUACAGCGCAUAGGUGCGGAAUAAAUAAAGAAAGUAAGAAAGAAAGAAUAAUAAUAAAACACAGCAGUUUCAAUAGGGUCCUUGGCCCUUUGCAAAGGGCCAAGGACCCUAAAAAUACAAAAAAGAGGGGUAUUGUAUUUGAACUAAGCAAAAUGAUCUGCCAAUAGAACAAGAAAAUUUGGCUUGUCAAGACUUUCCUAAACAAGUAAAAAUAGCUAACCUCAACGAACCCAAAAAUACCUUAAAAUACGUAUAUUCUCACUAAUAACAAAUGCAAAUUUCUUGAUAGAAAAUAUAAUAAGAGACCUGGAGUUGAAAAAAAUAAUAUUUUAGAGGAGUACUUCAAUCACAAGUAUGGAAGAUUUGAGGAGGAAGGCCUCGUACUAUAGCAAGUCUUUACUGGGACGAAACCGGACUUUUCUGGAAAGCGAUGCCAGAGCAGACUUAUUUCACAGAGAGGAAAAGACACUCCGGCAACACACACUCUUCUGUUUUCUGUUUAGCUCCUUGUUAAUGUGGUCGCGUUUUACUUUUCAAAAUGUUGAUAGCAAUGUGAUUGUCAAAGUUAGAGUUUUGUGAUUUCUGAUAGUUUGUGAGGGCUUGUCAAUAAAUAGAAAGUGGAUGCUUCGGCUCCUUGUUACGUUUGUUGGACAUACAUUGAUGUUGCCUUCAAAGUAGGGAUGCACCGAAAUGAAAAUUUGUGGCCGAAGCCGAAUAAUGAAUGCAGUUUUUCCCAAAAAAUUUAAUAUUGCAUAAAUAGCCUAGAAAAAAAUAUUUAGACAUGUUUUUCAAAUAAAGUAAUUUUUUAUUGAAUAUUGACAUUUUUUUAAUAUUCCAGUAGUCUUUGCUUUUCAAAAAAAAGCACAAAGUUUUUCAUUUAUAUUAGGCCUUCAAACAAAACAUGCAUUCCAAAAAAAAAAUAAAGUGCAUUAAAGUGGAUAAACCCACAACAAAUAAUUUAUUGUCUUUUUGGCAAAAGUCUGCUUAGCCACAGUAGAUAUGCUAAUAAUGUAAACAGAAGGCUCAAGUAAAUCUCAAUUAAGUGUGUGCUUGUAACCUCAUACACUUAUACAGGUAGCCUACACAACAGGCUAAUAAUGUAAACAGAAGGCUCAAGUAAAUCUCAAUUAAGUGUGUGCUUGUAACCUCAUACACUUAUACAGGUAGCCUACACAACAGGCUAAUAAUGUAAACAGAAGGCUCAAGUAAAUCUCAAUUAAGUGUGUGCUUGUAACCUCAUACACUUAUACAGGUAGCCUACACAACAGGCUAAUAAUGUAAACAGAGGCCCCACUAAAUCUCAAUAAGUGUGUGCAUGUAACCUCAUACACUUAUACAGGUACACAACAUAUCCCAACGUUGAUUGCGUUGAUUGCGUCACCGCGUCAAAAAAUUGCGUCACACGCCACUAUUCGGCCUUGUUUUUAACUCAUUCCACCGAAGGCCGAAUGUGGCUUUUUUUGCCAUAUUCGGCCCAAUAUAUUCGGUUACCGAUUAAUCGGUGCAUCCCUACUUCAAAGUAUACAAACCUUCACUAAAACAUGGAGCAAUUAUCCAUAUUUACAUUGUUUCUUUUGGAGAAUUUUGCAUCACUAAAUAUACUUUUCAAUUUACGAACGCCGUUGAAGAACCAAUGAAGUUUGUAAAUCAAGUUUCCACCGUAUGUCGGUCUGGACCAUAAUUGUACGAAGUUCAAAAAUUAUACGUUUUUUUUGUACUGCUCAUGUAUAAAUAGUACAGUAAGAACUAUAAGAUAAUUAAAUGCUUAAUUUUGCUCAGAA